UGGCGCUACUGCCAGAGACGCAAACGUCAAACUCACAUUUGAAUAACAUAACCUCAAAAUUUGAAACUUUGUAUUAUUUUAGACAAAAUUUAACGAAAAUCAACGAACUUUGGACCAAAAUCGACUGCGAACAACGUACUUAAUGUUUAACUGGAACGUUUUUAAUGAAAUACUGGCAAUUUGUGUUAUCCUGAGCACCAACAGACUGAAUUUGCCAGCAAGUCAAUUUUUUUGAGAUAAGUGGCACACAUUUGAAUAAACUGCCUCUGAUAAAGUAUGUGUAAAUAUUGGAGGUGUUUCUAGUAGGUUUACAGCUUUCGUCGUGCUCAAAUCUGUGACUCAAAUAAUGUUAGUAAAAUGUCCCCGAAUUAAGCGUGUCUACCUCAGAUUUUGCUUCGCCGUUUUAAUUGUGGUAUCAAUCAUUAUUUUCCUACGACUAAUUGCCGUAGAAAAGGGUGUCGCUGUUACGAAACCGGUGUUCUUAAACGCUUCGGUGUUUGAGGCAAAACUUCAACAGUAUGAAAGUAGAAUUAUCCCCAAUUUGGGACAUCAUGGUGAAUCGGCGUAUCUUGAGGGUUCAGACGCUAAGAAGGGGGAAGAGGCGUUGAAGAAGUACGCUCUCAAUACUGUUUUAAGUGACCGAAUGCCUCUAAAUCGGAAACUAAGAGAUCCCAGAAAUCCAAAAUGCAAGACUUUCACCUAUAACCCAAAAUUGCGAGCUUCAGUCAUUGUGAUAUUCUACAACGAGCUUUUAAGUGUUAUUUUGCGAACCGUCUGGAGUGUCAUUCUACAAACUCCAGCGCACCUGUUACAAGAAAUCAUCCUCGUAGAUGACGCAAGCACAAACGAAACCUUGAAAGGCCUCCUAGAUUACUACAUGGAAACAAGACUGCCAACACAAGACAUAAAAAUAAUCCAUUUAAAAUCUCGACUUGGUUUAAUCCGUGCACGUCUCCAGGGUGCACGGAUAGCCACAGGUGACGUUCUUAUAUUUCUGGACGCCCAUUGCGAAGCCACUACCUCCUGGGCUGAGCCCCUCCUUUCUCGCAUUGAAGAGGACCACACGGCUGUGCUUGUACCAAUCAUCGACGUAAUUGAAGCCAACACCCUCGCGUAUUCGACCAAUGGCGACACGAGUUACCAAGUGGGCGGGUUUUCAUGGUCAGGGCAUUUCACAUGGAUUGAUAUACAGAACGAAGAAGACAAAAGAAAGUUGACACCUGUCAAAAGUCCAACGAUGGCGGGAGGAUUGUUCGCGAUUGAUAGGAAAUUUUUCUGGGAGAUCGGCUCGUACGACGAGCAGAUGGAUGGAUGGGGUGGGGAGAAUUUGGAAAUGUCGUUUAGGAUUUGGCAAUGUGGGGGGAGACUGGAAACUGUGCCUUGUAGUAGAGUGGGACAUAUUUUUAGGGAUUUUCAUCCCUAUUCAUUCCCGGAUAAUAAAGAUACACACGGGAUUAACACAGCCCGUUUGGCACACGUCUGGAUGGAUGACUAUAAGAGAUUCUUCUUCAUGUAUCAACCCGGGCUGGAAAAUAAUCCCGUUGUGGGUGACUUAACCCACAGAAAACAACUUAGACAAAAACUGAGGUGUAAGAGCUUCAAAUGGUACUUAGAGAAUGUCUACCCAGAGAAAUUUAUCCCAGACGAGAGUGUCUAUGGGCAUGGACAGGUUCAAAACGAAUACGGGAUGUGUUUAGAUGACUUACAACUGGGUGAGGAUAAAAUCGGACCUUUAGGUUUGUACCAGUGCCACCCAUAUUUAGCUAUGUCCCAGUACUUCUCCCUAAGUUUCAAAGGUGAACUAAGGAAGGAGAAUUUUUGCGCUGAAACUUUCGGAGUUCGCGAGGUCCAAUUAACUGAAUGUCAUGGUCACAAAAGGGAACAAUUUUGGAAACUUUUUAAAAAUGGGACCAUUUAUAAUCCAACUUCUGAUAAAUGUUUGAGCAGCGCAGGCGUUGAGAAUGGAAAAGGAUUAGUUGUUGAGAAAUGUGCUGAUAGUAUUUUUCAGAAAUGGCGUUUCACUAACGUCAAUGGGACGGCUGUGGUGCUCUAGAGCGUUCUUGUGAUAACUAAGCGGGUUUCUAUGCAGCUGGGAGGCGUGGUUUGGGAGGAGCUUGCGCUUGGAGAUGGAGUCACGACGGACUGAGAUUCUGGGGUAAAGAUAAGACACUGAUGGCUAAUUGUUAGUGACUUUUUAGUUUUUGAACCACUAUAGUAUUACUGCUCAAACGGUGUUGCCAAAUUAACUUAUAGGUCACAUUUUUUGAGGUUAGAUUAGAAAAAAUUGUGAUUAGAUGUACUAACAAAUCCCUCUUUCCUACAUACAAAAGAUAGACUGACAAAUUUUACUAAAAACUUAUAAACUGAUUUAUGAGGUUAGAUUCAAACUUCGCUAUCAACUCUGAUAUAAGUAUGAGACAUGAACGAGUUAUAUUAAGUGUUAUACUGGUUGCUUCGUCAAAGACUAACUCUUUGCCUCCUCGAUUUUUUUAUCGAGGAAAAUAAACUGCUGAACAUUCGGUACAUUACAUCAUACUACUUAAUAAAAAUAGUGUAGGCCAAAAACUAGAGAUAAAUUAAUUUUAAAAUAAUAAUUAACAAUCCCGAAUUUAAUUCUUGGACUUUGACGGUUUAGUUGUGAUUUUCUGUUCAAAACAGGUUUGCACGGUCUCGCAACCGUCCGACCCAAGGCUGCUUUUGACCCAGCCGGCGCAUAAUAUUUUUGAUGUACCAGUGAGGACUGAUCCAAUAAAUAAAUAUAUUAAUAGUUUUUAGAAAACCAGUCUUAUAAUUUACAUAAUUAAAAAUACUUUUAAACGUUGUUAAUAAACCCAAGGUAGAAAACUUCGUUUCAAGUACAUUAUUAAUAGUGGUUUUAACCGAUUUAAAAAGUUUUAAAAAUAGGUAAUCAUGAGAAUACAAUUCCUUAAAUACCUAAUUGUCAAAUACCCUUUGUUAAGUCUUAUUCUUAAUCUGAAAAGCCCGAAACUUACAAUACUUUGAUUCCAGCAUUUUUACGAAAAAGACCUUGUUGUUCAGAAUCUCUGGAGUUUAUUUUCGUAAAUAAAAAAGUUGAAGGAAAGAGUAGGUCGUAAUAAAGCAUCCAGUAUAAUGUUUGUGUUAUUUUCAACAAGUAAGUGUAUAAAUUUUAAAAAGUAAUGCGUUGUAUAAGACAACUAAAAAUGUGAUAAAUCGUAACUAAUACUAAGACAUUACUUAAGUCAAAAGCUGUCACGGAACCAAAUUUAUUAAUAUACAAUAAACUGCGCCUCAAAUGUUAGGAUUUUAACAACCUUGAACAUUCUGGUAAACAACUGGAAUAUGAUACAAGCGCAACAAAAAGAUAUAAUAAUUAUUAACGUAUUUUAUAACAAUUUCGAUAACUAGGAAAACGUGUGCCAACGACACCCUCAUAGUUUCAAUCUGUACAGUUCAGAACCUCAUCAAGUAACGUAGUCAUGGUUGCUUGUGAUAAAAGAAAAUUGCAAUGAUUUGUUUAUAUAAACAAAAAAAUCUUAAUUUUAAGGCGCAAAAGAAAACUCUAAAACUAAAUAAGUGCUUAUUAAUAAAUUUAAAUUGAGACUGUUGUUUUUAUAUUAAAAAUCCACGUACAUCGUGUUUCACUUUACAUAUAUACGUGGCGAAUCUGUAAAAAUUUUAAUUUGGUGAAAUUCGGACCUGGAUUAUUCUGCUUUCUAACUUCCGGGGAUUACCGACAUGCGACAACUUUAAGUUGUAAAAAUCUCUCGCUAUUGUACUACUGUCCGUCUCGUUAUUGCCAAUAAAAUUUUAUAGGGUAGAAUGAAAUUUCCAAAACAAUAAUAACAUUUUAUGAUUGGCACUGUCACGUGUCAAUUAAAUUUUAGAGAAUAGAGAGACUGGGUCCAGUUGAGAGAUUGAGAAAAUUCUUUCCGUGAGUGAAGUUGGAUUAUUUUUUUUUGUUAGUGGAUUUUUAAUAAAAGAAAAACAGACUCAAAACCUAAGUUUUAUUGAACAUCUUUGAUCAAGUGUUCGAAAGCCUGAUGCUUUAUGUUCCUUUUUUACAAUUAAAUUAAGACAAAAAUUAUCUACCAAAGAAAAUUAGUAUUUUUUAGAGAAAAUAAGCAACGCUAUCAAAAUUUGUAGAGUUUGUGUAGAAUUUGAACAAAGACUGAUUCUUCAAUUUUUUACUUUUUCUAAUACCUAUUUAAACAAUUAAGGUUUGCGAUCAUUUUUGGACGAGAAAAUUUAAAUUUGGCAUACGCAAGGCGGAGCGUAAUGAAAUUACCGCCCAUCAUGCUACAACUGACAAAUUGCAAUAUUGCGAUUUAAUUUUUCUCGCUACGUCAUUAAUUUUCAUUGUCCGAUAUUCGAACACACAAUUAACCGGAAUAAAAGCUUCUGGAAGUUUGUAAUAUAUUACUCUGUCAUCGUAUUAGAUCUCAUGGACACGUGUGACCUUGAAAUAUUUUGGGAAGCGAAUAUUUUUUUACGUAAUUAAUAUGUAGGUCAAUUAAAAAUCGCUAUCAUUAGCUGUCGCAUUUUUUAUUAUCACCCGAGGUAACUUGAGCUUCGUUUUUUAUUACUAUUUAUACAGAGAAUCACAGCCCCUUCCAAGCCCGCCAUAUGUCACUAAAAUCAUAUUUUAUCGCCUAUAAAUCCAGUAUAUAUCACUUGUUGGUCUGUUUGUAAUAAAUACUAUAUUUUUAA